AUGAGGUCCUGCCUGCGGAGACCCAGCUGCCUGGGCCAAGGUGUCCAGUGGCCCUUGCUUUUGGCUGCGUUGAUCUUCUUUCUCUUCACCCUGCCCUCCUUUGUUAAGGAGCCUAACACAAAGCCUUCCAGGUAUCAACAUAUGCAGAACAUUAAAGAAAGGUCUCUAGAGACACUACCAAAGGCGAAGUCCGCGUCACCCACAAUGGGAAGGAGGGCAACCGACCAUGUAGAGUCAGAGCAAGAGGACAGUGUCCUCGACACACAGCCCCAGCCCACAGCCCACAGCGCUGGAGGGAGCAGAGGAGCAGGGGCUGACCAGGCACCGCCGGAGAAGCAGGGCACAGAGCCUGGCACAGCAAACACGGCUUUACUGAAGAGUCAGGAAAAAGAGAAAACCGUGCUGGACACACUGUCACCAAGAGGUCAAGACGCGAGGAUGGUCUCUGAAGGGCCAGAGGCCCCAUCACUGAAGAGUCAGGACCUGAAGACAACCAAAGGCAGGGGAGUCCAGGAUGGGAAGCUGACAACCACGAGGGUCGUGGUAAUGAAGAAGCAGGGCAGAGCGGCGACCACGGCAAAGACGCUCAUGCCAGGAAGUCAGGACCAAAUAUUGACCACCGCCGGAGCAGUGUCCACGAGGACGAGAAAGAAAGGAACGACCACAGUCGUUGUCCCACCCAAGGAGAAGCAAGCCCAGGUCACCCCACCCCCUGCCCCUUUCAAGAGCGCCACUGCACGAAGAGGCCAAGGACUGAGGGCCACCAACUUCAAGUCCGAGCCUCGUUGGGAUUUUGAGGACAAGUACAGCUUGGAUGUGGGGGGCCCGCAGACGACGUGCCCUGACUCUGUGAAGGUCAAAGCAUCCAAAUCACAGUGGCUCCAGAAUCUCUUUCUGCCCAACCUCACCCUCUUCCUGGACUCCAGACGCUUCAACCAGAGUGAGUGGGACCGCCUGGAGCACUUCGCACCGCCCUUCGGCUUCAUGGAGCUCAAUUACUCCUUGGUGCGGGACGUGGUGACACGCUUCGCUCCAGUGCCCCAGCAACAGCUGCUCCUGGCCGGCCUCCCUCCUGGAAGCCCCAAGUGUAUCACUUGUGCUGUGGUGGGCAACGGGGGCAUCCUGAACAACUCCCACGUGGGCCAAGAGAUAGACAGUCAUGACUACGUGUUCCGAUUGAGUGGAGCUCUCAUUAAAGGCUACGAACAGGAUGUGGGUACCCGGACAUCCUUCUAUGGCUUUACUGCCUUCUCCCUGACCCAGUCACUUCUUAUACUGGGCAAUCGAGGUUUCCAGCACGUGCCUCUGGGGAAGGACGUCCGCUACCUGCACUUCUUGGAAGGCACCCGGGACUAUGAGUGGCUGGAAGCUCUGCUUCUGAAUCAGACCCUGGUGAAAAAGAACCUUUUCUGGUUCAGGCACAGGCCCCAGGAAGCUUUUCGGGAAGCCUUGCAACUGGACAGAUACCUGUUGCUGCACCCAGACUUGCUCCGAUACAUGAAGAACAGGUUUUUGAGAUCUAAGACCCUGGAUACUGCCCACUGGAGAAUAUACCGCCCCACCACUGGGGCCUUCCUGCUCCUCACUGCCCUUCAGCUCUGUGACCAGGUGAGCGCCUAUGGCUUCAUCACUGAGGGCCAUGAACGCUUUUCCGAUCAUUAUUAUGAUAAGACAUGGAAACGACUGAUCUUUUACAUAAACCAUGACUUCAAGUUAGAGAGAGCAGUCUGGAAGCGGUUACAUGAUGAGGGUGUAAUCCGGCUGUACCAGCGUCCUGAAACUGCCAAAGCAAAGAACUGACUGGAGC